AUGGCGCCCAGCUCGAAAUCAGAAAAGGACGACGGCAAACAGAAAGCUCAAAGAAAACAUAAAGACCAUGUCGUGAAGCUUCUCAUGCGUGGGAAGCUAUCGGGACAGUUUUCUCAGCGUCUGUUCAGGAAGCUCCCGCCUCGAGUGUGUGUCCCAUUGAAAAACAUUGUCAGCGAGGAGUUCCUGAGAGCAGGACAUAUCUUCCUUGGCUUCACCAAAUGUGGCCGCUAUGUUCUGUCCUACACCAGCGACUGUGGAGAAGAUGAUGACUUCUCUUUCUAUACCUACCAUCUCUAUUGGUGGGAGUUCAACCUGCACAGUAGACUCAAACAAGUCCAUCAUGUGCGUCUGUUUGCAGGUGAGGAAAUCUACAGUGACCUGUACCUUACUGUGUGUGAGUGGCCUAACGACCACUCCAAAAUUGUCAUCUUUGGCUUUAAUACACGCAGUUCAAGCUCUGUGCUGAUGAACUUGAUGAUGAGUGAUGAGAACAACAGAGACAUCUACAUCACCAUUGCCUCCAUGCCUCCUCCUAAACCAUGCUCUUACUGCUGCCCAGUUCCCUCAGCCACAACCAUACGCACAGGGAGUGGGGAGUGUCUUGAGCAUGGCUAUGUUCUCAACAGCAGGUACCAGGUGGUGUAUCCGUUCCCCACUUUCCAGCCAGCUUUCCAGCUGAAGAAGGACCAGGUGAUCCUGUUAAACACUAGCUACUCUCUAGUGGCCUGUGGCAUCUCACUUUGCACAGGUAAGCAGGGUCAGUCAUCGCAGAUCCUCUACACAAAGAGAGCCGCUUUGUCAAGUCAAGCCUCCACCUCUCCUUCGUCCACCUCUUUGGCCACUUCUUCGUCACUACCUCAGGGAUCCCCCGAAAGCCGACUGCCACCUAGCAGGCCCGCUCCGAUCCCCUCAUCUCCUAGCCAGUCACAGGCAGCUGUGAGAGCCCGGGAGUUUGCUGCUGACCUCUUCAGGCGGGCGCAGGGGGGAGGAGGAGGAAGUGGGAAAGAAACUGAGGGCCAGCAAGAGAGGAGAACAGCUGAUACUGGUGAAAAAGAGGCAGCACAGAUACCAGGAGACAAAGGGAAAGCUGGAGAGAGGAGGACAGAGGAGGAGGAUUGUAGAGAGAGGAGGGAGGAGGAGGAGAAACGGACUAGUUUGCCACAAGCAUCAACAUCAGGUGUGCGCCACAGUUUGCAUCAAUGCCCUGAACAAGUGAUGUCUCCUGCAUCCUCUUCCUCAUCACCUUCGUCCCCUCGGACCCCGUCCUCAUCACAGGAGGCUGGCCCCAGCGAGCCUGGAUAUGUAAACUACUCACACCUGCACUACCGCCUCCAACAGCCAGGGACAGCGGAGCAGAAUACAGCAGGCUAUGAAGAUGAUAAGGUCCAGCUGCCUUUCACAGUCACUGAUCUGAAAGGAAGGAACCUGCAGCUGGUCACUGGACCACACAAUGGACAGAGUGUGUGUGUUGAGCAGUUGACUUUGGACUUCGAGUAUCUUAUCAAUGAGGUGAUCAGGAGCGAUGCUGCCUGGGCCACUCAGUUCUGCUCCUUCAGUGACUAUGAUGUUGUGAUAUUAGAGGUGUGUCCAGAGACCAACACUGUGAUGAUCAACAUUGGUCUGCUGUUACUGGCGUUCUCCAACUCAGACGAGGAGCACUGCAGGCCAAACACCUAUCAUUCCAACCUGCAGGUUAGCUGGGACUUAAACACAGGUGUGUGUUGCACCGUGGGUGUUGGUGACCUUACAGAGGUUAGAGGUCAGACCAGCGGGAGUGUGUGGAGUUCUUACAGGAAGUCCUGUGUGAAUACAGUGAUGAAGUGGCUGGUUCCUGAGAGCAGCUCCCGCUAUAUCAAUCGCAUGACUAAUGAAGCUCUACACAAAGGCUCAUCUCUGCAAGUGUUGGCAGAUAGUGACCGAUGUACCUGGAUUGUAUUAUGAAGAAGGAAGAGGACAACAAGUGUCAAAGCAAAAGUGCACACAAACACAUCGACAUAGUCUAAUCUUCAGUAUGGAGCCCAACCUUAAUCUAAAAAAAAUGGGAUAUGUUCAGUGCUUUGGUAAUAUGUAGUUAAAACAUGUGUCAAACUGAACUCACUAGAACGCACUAGAUGAUAAACUGUAAAGAUGAAGUUUUUCAUGUGUUCUGUGUUUAACUUUGCAGGUUUCAUCUUUUUCUUUUUCUUUUUUUUUUUUGGAAUUGUGUACUGUAUUAUUGUUAUUGCAACCACCAAAACCAGGAGCUGGACUGAACAAAGUUUUAGUUUUUACUUUUUGUUUUUAUACAUACAGAUGUACUGUUAUUGUGGUGAGAAUGUGUUUUUUUAUGUGUCUUUAAAUGAACGUAUGCAAUAUCUGCACCUGUGCUAUCCGACAAGGAGAUUUAUUACAGAGUAUAAGUGUGUAUGAGUGUGUGCAUGUUUAGUGUGUAUGUAACAUCUGACGGAUGCUGCUGCUUCUGAACAAGUUUCCUCACUUGAUCUGGACCAGUUCAGUCUAGCUAUGUUCAUUCAUAAGGCCGCAGUAUUUAAAAUGAGACAAAGUGAAACCAGUUCUGCGUCACUUUAGUCUUAAUGUCUUUUUUAUGUCAUGGAGUUAGAAGGUGUUUGAGUCAUCUGUUCAGCUGGUUGACAUCAUUCUGUAUGUUUACUGACAUGGAAGCGAGACUAUUUUAGGUUGGGAUAUUUUGUUAAAAUAAA